GGUCUCUCGGCGCCAUUUUGUGUCCUCUCACACACGCUGCAGGCUGCGAGCACUUCUGACAUGGCUGAUUAUUCCACAGUUCCACCUCCGAGCUCGGGUAACUCCGGCGCCGGGGUCAACGAUGCCUUCAAAGAUGCUUUGCAGCGGGCCCGACAGAUCGCUGCUAAAAUCGGAGGGGAGCCGGGAGCUGCUGUGAACUCAAACGACUACGGAUUCGCGGGACAAAAGAGGCCACUUGAUGACGGAGAUCAACCAGAGGCUAAGAAGGUUGCCCCUACAAAUGAUUCUUUUCCUCCACCGAUGCCGGCAAUGCAUCAGCAGCAGAGGGCUGUUGUUACAGAAGAGUACAAGGUGCCUGAUGGAAUGGUGGGAUUCAUCAUUGGCAGAGGAGGUGAGCAGAUAUCACGUAUUCAGCAGGAAUCUGGCUGCAAAAUUCAGAUUGCCCCUGAUAGCGGUGGUUUGCCAGAAAGAUCAUGUAUGCUAACUGGCAGUCCCGAUUCCGUUCAGGCUGCAACGCGAUUGUUGGAACAGAUAGUAGAGAAAGGAAGGCCCACUCCUGGCUUCCAUCAUGGAGACGGCUCUGGAAACGCAGUUCAGGAAAUCAUGAUCCCAGCCAGUAAAGCUGGUCUGGUAAUCGGUAAAGGAGGCGAAACCAUUAAACAGCUGCAGGAGAGGGCAGGAGUUAAAAUGGUUAUGAUACAGGAUGGUCCCCAGAACACAGGAACAGACAAACCUCUACGAAUCACUGGGGAUCCCUACAAAGUGCAGCAAGCAAAAGAAAUGGUACUAGAACUUAUUCAUGGAGAAGGAGGAGGUUUCAGAGAUUCUCGGAAUGAGUAUGGAUCAAGAGUAGGCGGAAACGAAGGGAUAGAUGUCCCAAUACCACGAUUUGCUGUUGGAAUCGUGAUAGGCAGAAAUGGUGAAAUGAUCAAGAAAAUCCAGAAUGAUGCAGGCGUUAGAAUACAGUUUAAACCAGAUGAUGGCUCUGCUCCAGAAAGAAUAGCACAGAUUAGUGGUCCUCCAGACAGAUGUCAGCACGCUGCAGAGAUUAUCACAGACUUGCUUCGCAGUGUUCAGUCUGGAAAUCAUGGAGGUCCAGGACCUGGUGGCAGAGGUAGAGGAAGGGGACAAGGAAACUGGAAUAUGGGUCCUCCAGGUGGUUUGCAGGAAUUUAACUUUGUUGUUCCUACUGUGAAGACUGGACUUAUUAUCGGAAAAGGUGGUGAAACAAUAAAAAAUAUCAGUCAGCAGUCUGGAGCUAGGAUAGAGCUGCAGAGAAACCCACCACCAAACUCUGACCCCAACAUGAAAUUAUUUACUGUCAGAGGGUCUCCACAGCAGAUAGACUAUGCCAGGGGGUUGAUUGAGGAGAAGAUAGGCGGUCCAGUGAAUCCUGUUGGUCCUCCUGUUCCUCACGGUCCUCCUGGUGUACCGGGACCUCAUGGACCUCCUGGUGCGCCUGGACCUGGCACGCCUAUGGGACCCUACAAUCCACCACCUUACAGUGCAGGGCCUCCUGGACCUUCUCCCCAUGGUCCUCCUGCUCCAUAUGCUCCUCAAGGAUGGGGGAACACGUAUCCUCACUGGCAGCAGCCAGCACAGCCAGACCCAAGUAAAGCAGGAACAGACCCCAACUCUGCAGCAUGGGCAGCUUACUAUGCACACUAUUAUCAGCAGCAAGCACCCCAGCCACCUGCAGCGCCCUCUGCUGGACCCAGCACAACUCAGACUAAUGGGCAAGCUGAGCCACCAGCUGCACCACAGGCUGGGCAAGUUGAUUAUACAAAGGCAUGGGAGGAGUAUUACAAGAAAAUGGGUCAACAAGGGCCACAGCAGGACUACUCAAAAGCAUGGGAAGAAUACUAUAAAAAACAAGGUCAAGCUGUUCCAGCUCCUGGUGCUGCUGCUCCCCCUGCUGGUCAGCCAGAUUACAGUGCAGCCUGGGCAGAGUAUUACAGGCAACAAGCAGCAUACUAUGCUCAGACCAGUCCACAGACGAUGCCACAGCACCCUCCAGCGCCACAGGGUCAAUAAUGCGAAGUGGACAGUACAGUAUUUGCUUCAUUGUGUUGGGGAAAACCUUUGUUAAAUGUUUGGAUGCAGACGCCUUGAUGAAGAUCUUAAUUUUUGUUUUGGUUUAAAACUGUUUUUUGUUUUUGAAAAAAUGUACAAAACUAUCACUACUGACUCAUAGGAGGCUAUAUUUCUGUGUAGAAAUGAAUCGGUUUGUUUUUAGUAAUUAGUGUAGAUGUACACAUUCCAGCAAAUGUAUUUGCAACUAUUAUGUGGUCAAAGCUUUGUGAUACAAAUGUACUUUUUUCAAUGUAUACUUUAUCACUUUUAAAAUGCCUGUUUUGUGCUUUACAAUAAAUAAUAUGAAACCUCCUGUGUCGGUAAGUUGGGUAUGUGAGUAUUCAAAGGGAAAACAUUUUUUAAUUCUUUCAAGAAACGUACAUGGCAGCAACUUAUAAAUUUUGAUGUGCAUCUCCCCUUUUUAUUUUCCUCUACUCGUAAUGUUGUGGUUCCUGUGGGUUACCGUGUUAUUGUAUGACAGGCAGUGUCACCAGUUAUUAAUGCAUAGUAAACAUCAUUGCAUUUUACCAAACCCAUGACCUUUUCUCCAAUCUGUACAGAGCACUGCUGAUAGACACGCUUCAGUCUUCCAGCAGUUUUAUAUGAAAUUGUUUGCUUUUCUUGCUUAAAUAUAAGCGUUUAGUCAGUCUGUGCAUUUCAUUUAUUCCGUAUGGGAUAGGCAACAUAAGUGUACUUGUUUUGUUUUUCUUCUCUGCCAUAAAGCCAGAUUAUAAAAUCAUAUGACUGUUAAAUGCAUUCUAGUUAUAUGUAUAUACUGACCCUCUGUAGUUAUAUUUUCCGUUGAUUACGUUUGAAAAGCACCAUUUGCAAAUAAACGUUUUAUCGAUAUUUUUUAUCUAAAUUAAA